AAAAAUUGUGUGUCGAUCGUGAUCGGUACCCAACUACCCUCUUUUGCUCCGCCCCUCCACCACCCACCCGCACCUAUGGGCAGCAAGACGAAAUCAUCGCAAAAGCAGAGCGGCGUGUCGGUGCGGUCGCUGGCGCUGGGGGCGCUGCUCGGCGCGGCGCUGUCGAGCUCGGCGGUGCGGACGCUCGUCGUGGGCCGCGUCGGGGUGCCGUUGGCGGGCUUCGUGCAGAGCCGGUGGCGGGGCACACCGGGGGACGUGCUGGACCCGAAUACGUACGACUACGAGGGCAUCAUGGCGGACCGGCUGGUGUUCGAGGUGAAGGAUCUGCCGGGAAAGGGGAAGGGCGCCGUCGCUGCGCGGGAGAUCAAGCGCGGGGAGCUGAUACUCCGGGAACACCCGCUGCUGCUGGCGCCGGACGACGAGACCCCGCGCGAGUGGGUGCACGAGCUAUUCUACAACUGGACGUUCUCCCCGUCGAAGCGGGACAUCUUCUUCAACCUCGCGCACUGGGUCGAGGACGAGAGCAUCAACCUCGACCCCGCGACGCAGACGCCCGACGAGCGCUACCAGCUCGCCGUCGGGACCAUCGAGGUGAACGUCGCCGCGGUCAGCGUCGGCGACACCUCCUACCGCGCCCUCUUCCCCCGCUUCUCGCGCCUCAACCACGCCUGCCCCGGCGCGAACAACGUGAACUACGUCUGGCGCGAGGACCUCCGUGAGAUGCGCCUCUAUGCGGUAAGGGACAUCCCCAAGGGCGGGGAAUUCGGCGGGUCGUAUAUACAUAAGCUGGGCCCGACAGCGGACAGGAUAGAAACGCUCAAGAACACGUGGGGCUUCACGUGCGGCUGUAAGUUCUGCACACAGGACGCCGAGGCGACCGCGCAGCGCGACGCCUGGGCCGCGGAGUGGCAUGCGCUCGAGAAGGACUUUGACGAGCGCUCGGAAGCGGGCACGCUCCCGGGCCCAGAAGCCAUCCGCAUCGUGCGCGACCUCUGGACCGUGUCGUUCAAGCUCGACUACACCGGCGACCGCGCGCGCUUCUCCGAGGAGGCCGCGCUUGUCGCGCUCGCCCACGGCGACACAAAAUCCGCGGAGCAGUGGCUCCAGCUCGCGCUCAAGUACUUCUCGAUCGAGGUCGGCGCGGACGGCCCGGACGCGGACCGCAUCCGCGACCUGCUCGCGUACCCCGCGGGCGCGGACGGCUUCGGCACGAAGGAGCGCCUGACGCUGCAGGGCCCAGACGCGGCGUGGUUCGACUCGUAG